AUGAUCAAGGUCAGCAAAAGAACGACCCCGUCACCAAUGAAAUUGAAUGCCGCUUUGAAGCGGGAAGUAAGAGGAACAGAAGCUCCACACGAACAUUCAAUCAAAGUAGUAGUGAGAGUGAGACCUUUACUUGAGCGAGAAAUAGAAAGAUCUCCAGAAUGCCUUGUGGACAUCGAUACUGACCAAUCAAUAGUUCUCAGGCCGGGGGCUGAUUCGCUUAAGGCAAGAAAGUACAGAGAAGCUCAGAGGUUCAUACUCAGCAAAUGCCUGUGGUCAUAUGAUCGAAGAACGAAUGUUCCUUAUGCAGAUCAAAACACAGUGUUCAAUGAAGUGGGUUUAGAAAUGCUUGAAAACACACUGAAUGGCUACAAUAGCUGCGUUAUAGCAUAUGGUCAAACAGGGUCGGGUAAAACAUAUACAAUGAUGGGAUCGGAUGAGGAAGACGGUUUAAUCCCCAUGGUUUGCAGACAACUUUUUGAGAGACUGGAUCAACAAGUUGAUUCUAAGAUCCAAGUAAAGGUCUCUUUCAUCGAAAUCUAUCAAGAGAAUGUGUAUGACCUACUUGGAAGUGGUAACAAAUUACGAGUGCGGGAAAGUAGUGAGAGAGUUCCGUUUAUUGAGAAUUUAAAUGAAUACAAUGUGGCUGACUCUCAGGAAACCAUGAGGCUUUUAAACAAAGGUCUCGAGAAUAGAACGACAGCAGAGACUCACCUAAACAAACAAUCAUCCAGAUCUCACUCCAUUCUUACAAUAACAGUGUCUCAAGAAAAAUUUGAUCCUGCUACCGGAUCCUUGGUGAAACUCAAGUCCAAUCUCAAACUAGUUGACCUUGCUGGAUCGGAGAAAUUUGUCGCCAGUGACGGCUUAGAUAAGACCAGGCAACAGGAAGGAAGCAGAAUCAACAAGUCACUGGUUACUCUGGGUAGGGUUUUAACGAUACUCUCAGAAAAGCCAAAUCAGAAAACAGUGGUCCCUUACAGAGAUUCCAUACUGACAUGGCUUUUGAAAGAUAAUAUUGGUGGAAAUUCAAAAACAAGUAUGAUAGCAUGCGUGUCGCCUAUUGAUUUUGACGAAACCCUUAGCACGUUGAGGUUCGCAACCACAACGUCCAGAAUCGAGAAUCAAGUGCUUAUAAACAAAGAGUCACAAUUCAAUAUGGACGAGAUGGUGAAACAAUUUCAGCUUGAGAAAGAGAAAUUACUUGAGUGUAUAUCAGAGCUCAAGCAGUCGAGUAGCAGAGAUGAUGAGCUGAGAAAGCUGGAGAACUAUGUGCAAUGGCAAAACAACUAUAUAGAUACUUUGACUUUUACGAACGACGUGACACAAAAGCAACUCUUAUGCAGUCUCAAAUCGGCACAGGAGAGGAAUGAAUUACUUACGUCAACACUAGUGUUGACAUGCAAGGGGUCAGAGACUGGACUCAGAGAAGAAAAGCACGAGCUUAACGAAUUAAUUAACAAACUUCAUGAAUUGGACGUUAUAUCUCCAUUGAGAGAUAUUGAGAAUGUCCUUCAGAGCGAUUUGGUGAUGACUUACAGCGCGGACCUCAUUGAUGACGUGAUGUAA